CAGUUCAGUCGGUUCGGGGACUUUUACGCUCUGUAUUAUUCUUCAAAAACCAUGAAAAAAUAAGUGAUAAAUUUAUUAUCGAAGAAAUAUCUAGCACUUUUGUUAAUACUACCUGCUAUGUUUUAAUUGUUUGGAUCGAUCAAGAUUGCUGGCGGUAAGCAAUGGACGUUGAAAUAAAACAUGAACCUUCGUCUAUCAUAGUCGAUGGUUUCGAACUGGCGGAAGACAUGCAACCACAACAGCCAAGUACCAGUAUUCACCCAUAUGGAUAUGGUUACCACAAUAGUUCCGCGUAUCCUCCGGAUAGACAUACCCAUCUGACAUCGGAAGACCUAUACCAGUUUGAUGAAAUGCAAAGGCUGCUGAAAGAAUGGGGCUUGGAGGUCCUUUCGGAAAGGUUUGUUCAAAAUUUGAUUGAUGUAAGCGUUCUAGACUAUAUCGUAGAAAUGGACAUAGUCGAUCUGUGCAAGGAUCUCCCGAUUCGCUUUCGACUGAUUUUGCGUCACAAGUUGAAACAACAGAACUACAAACCAACUCAUGUUACGGAGCUAACAAUCGCCACUAACAACAAGAAAUCACAUAUUGUUCCUGGAAGUUCUUACAAUCCUGCUAAGCAAGCAAAAUGUAAUGAGAAAACAUCUCCGGUGCCGCACACUUCGAGUAAAACAUCGACAACGAUGACGAAAAAUCCAACAACGGAGAUCAUGGAUGGACAAUCCAAUAAUGCAACAGAAAAACCACAACUAAUUACCGGUCAAUUUAAACUUGUGGACCUAUUACAGCAAUAUGAGUCAGGACGCUUGUUUCUGGAUCAGUACAAAAUCGAGAACGGCAAACGAAUUUACUCGGCAGAUUCCAGAAACCAAAUCAAGAAGGCAGUGGUUGACCACUACUUCCGACUUGGAAGGGGCCACAUAUCUACGCAUCAGUUCCGCGAAAUGGUUCAAUUGAUUGUCGACGAGCUUCCGGAUGAAGAUCCAAACAUUUGGUACUGUGUGCCCAAUGCCGAUUUGUCCUUAUCUCCACGCGGCUUGCUCUACACGCGAUACAGAUAUAUUUCUCAGACGAACAAACAGUACAAAAAGCAAAAAGACGAUGUCGUGGUACAUUAUUCGAGAGUUUUAGCUCAACAGGCCAAAGAUACAUGGGAAGCACUCAAUGGCAUCGAUCAAACUGCGUGUUUAGUUGCAAAAGCAAAGCUCAAAGAGAUAGAGAACGUUGACGCCAAAGAGGUUAUCAAUGCAUGGAAGGCGAGCUAUCCCCUCAGGCGAUAUGAAGCAACAAUGGGCCUGUUACAACUGAAUGAAUUUCAAUCGCUGACCAAAUUCGAAAGAGUUCAUGACUUGAUUACGCUAGAUUUUUGCUUGAUACACUCUAUUGCAAGUGAAUUCUUCUACGAGCGUAUACCACACUUUGUGGAUCGUUUCAAGACCGUUUAUGUCGGAUAUAAAUCACUUAUCGAAGAAGACAAAGUGCUUCCAUCGGCUAUAGUAUCGGCUUUUAUGGAACACAAGGAACAAGGACUCACAGAAAAGAUGAUAUUUCUUGCAUUCUACUCAUUGCCUCACAUCCUGCGUCAAAACUUUUUAGGCGGCAAAGGAAGAAAGAGGCGCAAAUUAAGUACGAUGCAGUCGCGCCUCAGCUUUAUCACUCUAUUAUCGGCGGAAUAUAUGCUGGUGGAUUGCGUUGAGGAUCGCAGAAGAACUGCUGCUGAAAAUGAUAAUCCAAACAGACCGUUCAUCAUCGCCAUUGGCUCACUUGCCGGUGAUAUACGCAGCUUCUACGUCGUGCUGGAUGAAUUGAUUUUUCCCUGCAAAACCAUAGUCCAAGCAGUGGAUCUUCUGUUCAAGUUGUAUACCGUGUUUCAUAUGGACUAUGCGCAGGAAUGCGAAUGUGUGCUACGCUUCAUUCAGGGUUACCUGUACAAGCUGAAAUUCCAAGGUGACCUAAGCAAUACACUUGCUACGGCAGUAAUUACUGACUUCAACCGUUUGUGAUGUGCUAGUUUUUGUUUUAGAAUCUGGACAAAGUUCGUAGCAUCCCAAAUAUGUUC